AUGCGCGAAAUCCCAAACUUCCCACAAGAUCUGCUGGAAAGAGUCAACGCGGCCCAGCACGGUCCCUCGCGCAAUUCCGACGUCAAAUACGUCUUCCAUGUCAUUCACAGUGAAGCCGAAGAUUUAUCCGCGUUUGAGGAGAGAGACUCAGAAGAUGAGCAGACGGACUCCGAGGAUGGUGACAGCCAAAGGCAGCACACAUUUGACACUCUCGAGGAGGCCAACAAUGCUGCUCUGGCUCUUUUCAGAAGCGAGUAUGAGGACUUCUUUGAUCAAGUAAAGGAUAUGUCCAAUUGGUAUGAGGAGGGAACCAGCGAGAUUAAGAUGAAUGACGUGAUAUGGCAAGUUGAUGUCGACGGGAAGCUUUCGUUGCAAGCCCACAACGCCGAGGAGGGAAUUGUUGGUCAGAUUUAUGUUUCUGCCUUGAGAAUCUAA